AUGCAUUUGAUGUACACGCUAGGUCCAGACGGAAAGAGAAUCUACACGUUGAAGAAGGUGACCGAGUCCGGCGAGAUCACCAAGUCGGCCCACCCAGCCAGGUUUUCACCAGACGACAAGUUCUCCAGACAAAGAGUCACUUUGAAGAAGAGAUUCAACAUGCUUCCUAAAUGA